UUGUUGGAGUUGUGCUACGCUACGGAUGCUCAAAGACAGAAGUGUAUAUAUAGAGGUAUAGGACUUCGAGUUCUCCGUGAUCUAAGGCUGCCUGUGAUCUAUUGGAGUAAUAGAAAUGGUCUCUGGCCUUGCAAUCAGUCAAGGCUGAACAUCCUAAACUGAUCAAUCCACAUGCCAACAGCCAGGGCCCUGCCAACAGCUAUGAACCAUUAAUUUGGAGUCAAAGGGAUGGCACUGUGGACAUGCAUGUUGCAGGCUUUCUUUUCUUUAUCACUUUUCCUAUGGACAUGUAUGUUUGCAGGUUUUCUCUUUGUUUAUCCCUUUCUCUGUUGAUUUCGAGACUUUCCCAUCCCUUGCUCUAUCGACAGAGACACACGUGACAUAGCAGUGGGCAAGCUAUGGGCACAGCCCUUCUCUAAAAUAUAGGCAGCCAAAGAGAAGGUGAAAGAAGACGUGAGCAGGGCUCGGGCAAAGGUGGCGACGGUGAGGUCCAGGCCCGGAGAAGACCCAAAGAGAAGGUGAAAGAAGACGUGAGCAGGGCUCGGGCAAAGGUGGCGACGGUGAGGUCCAGGCCCGGAGAAGACCACGGCGCGGGGGAACUCGAGGAGCGGGGUCGUCGGGCCGCAUGGAGCGAGCAGCAGCGGCGACGGGUCCGAGGUAUGGAGCUCGCCGGCGACUAGCUGCUCGUGGAUCUCGCCGGUCGUCUACGCUCCAUCGACAGAGUCACAAGACUGCCUCUUUCCUCUGCUCCCAUAUCCCUUUCUUCAAUUGAAGUUGCGCACAGCCAAGUCGCGUCGCUCUGCCGCUCGCGCCACGCCUGCUUCUGCUGCGGCUCGUGCCGCCACCACCGCCAGGCUCCUACGCGCCUGCUGCUGCCGCUCGCGCUGCCGCCGCCGCCGGUCUCCUCCGUGACUGCUGCUGCCGCUCUAGCCACCACGGCUCCCCUCCGCGCCUGCUGCUGUGCCCCCGCCACCGCCGUUCCCCUCCGCGCCUGAUGCUCUCGCGCCGCCGCCGCCGCCGCAGCUCCACUCAAGGCUGCUGCUGCUCGUGGAGUCGUGUCUCAGUCCACAUGGACAAGGAGAGGAAAGAAGAAAGCAUGUCGUCGGGCCGCAGGGAGCGAGCAGCGAAGCCAGGGACAGAGCACCGUGUGGAGCACUCGACGGCAGUUUUUUUGGGAGGCACCGGGUGAGAUGGCGGGACCCGAUGGCGAGCUCACGACCAAGAGGGGGCCUUCCAAGGGGUCCGUGGCGGAGCGCGCGGCGAGCCGGCUGUCAAGGAAGAAGAAGGUCGCCUUUCGUCCGCGUGGGGAUCCUCCGGUUGUCCCGAUGGAGGGCGGUUGGGCGCACGACUACCUUCUCCCGUCUUCGGCGAGUCCCGAGGACCCUGUUCAGCUGGAGGAGGCAGGAUACUUCCCCAAGGGGGAUGGUAUCCUGCCCGAUGGGGAGGAGUUCAAGCGCGACCACAAGCGGCGUCCAGGGUGCAUCGUGGUGUUUUCGGCUUGGUUCCACGCCGGCUUGUGUGUGCCCGUCCACCCCUUCCUGCGGGACUUCUUGGAGACGUACGACAUCAGGUUGGCUCAGCUCCACCCUUCGGCGAUCGUGAAGUUGAACGUGUUUCGAUGGCUGUGUGAGACGGCGCUUCACGAGGAGGCUUCAAUGAAGUUGUUGCUGUUCUACUUCACCGUGGAGGUGAGGGAUGUUGGAGAUAUGCCCUAGAGGCAAUCAUGUGAUGAUGUUAUUUCGUAUGUAUUCAUGAGUUA